AUGGACCCAUUUGACCACAUUCUUCAAGGGGUUUCGCCAUAUCCAAUACUUUUGGCCAGCAUUACCAAUGGCGACAUUCCUUCUGUGCGCCGUGAGCUUGAACAGCUCGCACAACAAAGCCCAGAGAUAGACCUGACACCCGCGCUGCUCCAUUGUGUCCACAAAAGACAAGAAGAAGCCAUGACUACCCUGUUGGAGAGCAGCGCCACACCAGAGGAAUCAGUAGUUGAGGCAGCAGUAGGGACUGGAGAGGUGACGAUGAUCAAACCUCUCUUGAUUCACGGAUGGCCGAUAGACCAUACACUCAGAAGUGGUAUCAUGCCUUCCUUGCUCGGUUAUGCUGUCAACAAUGAAGAGCUUUUGACGUGGCUCCUUGCUCGCGGAGCUGAUCCAAAUGCGCUAUCGACCAUCGCUGAGACUCCUUCGUCGGUCGCCGUACGAGACGGAGCAAAGAGAUCAAUCCAGAUGCUUUUCGAUGCUGGAGGAGAUGCCAACAUUGGGAAUCUCCUACACUGCGCAGUAGAGAGACGAGCAGGUCAGGACACUGCAGAGAUCAUCGAGCUCCUUAUCUCUCGAGGGGCGCCAGUCGAUGGAUUCGAAUUUGAGCAGCCCUCAGCGCAGCAGUUGAGAUGGGGAUUCAGUCGCGGAACCGCUCUCCACAAGGCAUGCUAUCUUGGAAAUUCAGAAGCUACUUCUGCGCUUCUGGAACAUGGUGCUGAUCCGUAUUGUAACCGCCGCUACUAUGACGAAGAGGAGCAAUGCACUCCACUUGACGUCGCCAGGGCCAACGGCAACGAGGCGAUUAUGGCCAUGCUUCAACGGAAUCUUGCGAGGUCACAGAUGGCAGCAAAGAUGUAG